CUGUUUAACAGCGGUAAUUAACUAAAAUCAUGGCGACUGCCAGUAAUGAGGUGUACCAUCCUGUGGAUGCUGGAAUCUCAAAGCUGCAGUUUGCUCCCUUCAGCAGUGCCUUGGAUGCAGGAUUCUGGCACGAACUAACCCAGAAGAAACUCAAUGAGUACCGAUUAGAUGAGACCCCGAAAGUUAUCAAAGGAUACUACUAUAAUGGUGAUCCUUUGGGUUUGCCAGCUCGCUUGACACUGGAGUUUAGUGCCUUUGAUAUGAAUGCUUCAAUACCAGCACGUUGCUGUCCUGCUUUUGGAACAUUGUAUAAUACCAACACUUUUGAAACUUUCAAGUCCUGUGAUAAGAAAUCACUUCUGGAAAAAGAAGCAAAUGAGAUAUGGGAAUCAAUUAAAUCUGGAGCUGCUCUUGAAAACCCUUUGCUCUUGAACAGGUUCCUGCUGCUGACAUUCGCAGAUUUAAAAAAAUAUCAUUUCUAUUACUGGUUUUGCUACCCUGCUCUCUGCUUUCCUGAUGGAAUACAUAUAAUUCAGAAACCCGUAUGUCUUGGUGACAGAUUCCCAUUAAAUCAGAUUCAAGCACUUCAGAAGGCAUAUGAUGAACUUUGCCAGAAAGAGGGGAUUACAGCCUUGCCUUAUUUUUUAAUCAAGUAUCAUGACAAUUCUGUCAUGAUAUCUCUACUGAAAAAGUGGGAUGGUUUCUUCCAAGACCAAGGGGGAAAGGUGACAGUUGGAGUUUAUGAUCCAUGUAAUUUAUCCCACUACCCAGGAUGGCCACUGAGAAAUUUCCUGAUCCUGGCAGCCCACAAAUGGAGCAGCAUUUUCCAGUCAGUUGAAGUGCUCUGCUUCAGAGAUAGGACCAUGCAAGGAGUGAGAGACAUAACACACAGCAUUAUCUUUGAAAUAAAACUUCCUGAGAGAGUCCUAGGCCCAGAUUGUCCAAAAGCUGUUGGAUGGGAGAAAAACCAAAAGGGAGGCAUGGGUCCAAGGAUGGUGAAUCUCAGUGAAUGCAUGGAUCCCAAACGGUUAGCAGAAUCAUCAGUGGAUCUUAAUUUGAAAUUGAUGUGCUGGCGGUUGGUGCCUACUCUUGAUUUGGAAAAAAUUGUGUCUGCCAAGUGUCUGCUGCUAGGAGCUGGUACACUGGGUUGUAGUGUUGCAAGGACCUUGAUGGGUUGGGGAGUCAGGAAGAUUACCUUUGUGGACAAUGCAAAGAUCUCCUACUCCAACCCAGUACGACAGACACUGUAUGAGUUUGAAGACUGUCUUAACGGUGGGAAGCCUAAGGCGCUUGCAGCAGCAGACAGGCUGCAGAAAAUCUUCCCAGGAGUGAGUUCAGAAGGCUAUAACAUGAGCAUCCCUAUGCCAGGCCACCCAGUGAAUUUUUCUGAAGUAACAAUGGCACAGGCUCGGAAGGACGUGGCUAAACUUGAAGAGCUUAUUGAUGCUCAUGAUGUUGUUUUCCUGCUAAUGGACACUAGAGAGAGUCGGUGGCUUCCUGCUGUCAUUGCAGCCAGCAAGAGGAAGUUGGUCAUCAAUGCUGCAUUGGGAUUUGACACAUUUGUUGUUAUGAGACACGGACUAAAGAAACCAAACCAGCAAGAAUCUGGUGAUUCAUGUUUCAACAAUGCCUCUGGUUCUUCUGAUCUUUUGGGUUCAUCACUCUUUUCAAAUAUCCCUGGCUAUAAACUGGGCUGCUACUUCUGCAAUGAUGUUGUGGCACCAGGGGAUGUGAGUAGAACCUUAUGCAAAUGGGAUCGGACACUGGAUCAGCAGUGCACGGUCAGUCGACCUGGAUUAGCCAUGAUAGCUGGAGCUCUUGCAGUGGAAUUAAUGGUUUCUGUUUUACAGCAUCCAGAAGGUGGUUAUGCUGUGGCCAGCAGUAGUGAUGAUAGAAUGAAUGAACCGCCUACUUCUCUUGGCCUUGUUCCUCAUCAGAUCCGUGGAUUUUUAUCAAGAUUUGAUAACGUUCUUCCAGUCAGCCUGGCAUUUGAUAAGUGCACAGCCUGUUCAACCAAAGUCCUUGACCAGUAUGAACGAGAAGGGUUUAAUUUCCUAGCUAAAGUUUUUAAUUCCUCACAUUCCUUCUUAGAAGACUUGACAGGUCUAACUUUAUUACACCAGGAGACACAGGCCGCUGAGAUCUGGGACAUGAGUGAUGAUGAAACAGUCUGAAAAUCAGCUGAAUAAGGUGGAAGAUGACCUACUUUGGACUGCAGUGCUGCCUUUUAUCUGUUGCUUGACAAGUUAAUGAUUGCUUACCCAUUCUGACUGCUACAAAUAAAAACAAAUAUAAUCCACAUAUUGACAUUACUAUCUUCACCUUAAAAGCAGUCUGUUAUGGAUAGGAUUCUCCACGUUUUCAUUUUUGUUAUGUAAAUAACUAAAGCAAUCUGGGUAUGUUUAAACCUCAUAUUUUUUUCCUUUUUUUUUGUUUCUAAAUAUGGCUUACAUAUAAAAUGUGCUGCUUAAGUAACCUUCAGUGUUUUAUGUGUCCCAGUUUUUAUUUUGCUUUGUCAAUGGACAUGUCCAAGCAGCAUGUCGAAAUGCUUUUUUUCAUCUUUCCCAAAUUUAUGGCCCUGUAGUUGGAAUUUAUUAUUAAGAUAGAGAAUAUUCUACUGUGGAAAGUUAAACUGCAUCUUUAAAGGAGAGGUGGAGUAGGUAAGAACUUACACCUACUGCCUACGCCACAUUGCUUGCUGUUUCAAAUUACAUUUUUGUAGUACAAUUGAUUCCCUUUUCUUUGUUACAGUAUGAUUGUUCUUGCCUGUGUCAAUGGAGGUAUUAUUCUCUGUAAAGUUCUCAUAAUUUCAUGCUAUGGAAAAAAAGUGGUUUGACUUACAUUUACACAGGAAAGACCAAAGUGCGUUGGUAGUAUCAUUAGACUCCCCUGAAGUUUAGAGAAGGCUCUGUUACGUAGUAAAAAUUGGUUUGGGGGGAGGAUCAUUGAUUCAGUCAAAACUUGUAGAGGAACACUUAACUGAAAUAAGAAAUUGCUUCUCUAAGUUUGCUGUUCUUGGGUGCUGUCAUGCAGUACUUUACAGGUGUUAAAAAAGAGCAAUUCUGAUUUUCAUUUGGGUGGGAUUUUAAGUUUUUCAAUUUUUUCAGCAUCAGGAAUGGCUUUGGAGAUUAUGGCUGAGCAUAAACAGUAGUUUGAGAAUCCUUCAGUAUAAAAAAUAGCUUGAGAAAAAUGGAUUUGUAAUAUAUCAAAGUACAUUACUACAAAAUUGAAAGUGAAUCUAUUGGUUUUUAUCUUGGAAUAGGUUUUAGAAGUAUAUAUUUUUCCCAUAUAUAUUAUGAAAAUUAUUCGGUCAAUCCAAUUAUUUUAGUUCCUUCCUUAACCUAAGCUCUGAAUAUGUGAUGUAGAUAAUUUCACAGCUUCUCUCUUAUGCCACAUCAGACGAAGUUCUGUCAGGUAAAAUUUGCCUAAAACCAAGGUUAUCUGCAACUCCCAUACUCCGAUCACAAAAGAAGAUAUAUUGAAACAUUCUGAGCUUUGCAUCGAGUGUCUAAAAUAGCUAUAAUUUCUAUUAAUUUUAACUAUCAUAUUCAUUACAUUUACAUUAUUUCUUCAGUAGCCCUAAGGGAAUGUCUCAUUUAGCUGUCUUCAUUGUAAUAUAAAAAUAUAUAUCAAUCAAAUAUAUUUUUUGAAAGACUAGUAAUCAUAGGAAACUGAUCUGUUGGUGGUCAGCUAAUGAACAAUAAGACUGAUAACAUGCCACGUCCAUUUUACAGCAGUUUGUUAAUGUACAUAAUUAUUUAUGAGCUCAAAUGACUUCCAUUUUGUUAGCCAUGCUGUAGUCCCUCCAGAACUAUGAAUCAGUACUCGGGUAGUUUAAAGGGAGUGAUCUGUAUUUUUAUCUUUCAGAGUUGCUGACCGUGGAGUGUAAAAGUAUCUUUGCAGUUUUUGUUUAUCUAAAAUGUGAAAACUAGACAUAUUUCUGAAAUCUGAUAAACAUUAAUAAUUAUUUUAAAUAUCUGAAACUCUGCUUAUCCUGUUCCUUACAUCGUAGCUUUACACGGAAAGUAUCUGUUUAACUGCAGAAGUGUACAAGAUGGAAAGGUUCAAAACUCAGGGUUAAUAUAAUGUUUCCUUACCUCUGUAAUUUCAGUAACAUACAAGUCUCUUAGGCUGAGGUGUUUCCUGUACAUAUGCUUCCCAGAUGUCUCUGAUGUUCAGAAACACUUCAGUUUGACUUGGAAUAACUUCCGUUGUCUAACUAUAAUGUUGUUUUCUUUCUCCUUGCGGAGCAGAAUUGCUCUUAUUUUGCUUUUACUCAAUUUCUAGGCAUUUACUGAGUGAGAAAUCAUGAGAAUUUGUUCAAGUGAAUGAAUGUGUAUUCAAAUAUUAUUAACAGAUAAACACAUUUAUUUACUGGCUUGUAUGCACUUGAUGGCAGGAUUUCAGCACAGUCCUCAGCUCCAGUUAUUGCUGUUUAAUGGAAGAAGCUAAACUUUGACCUUUCUUCAUGAAGGAGGUAGGAUUUAAAUUUUAUUUGUGUUGCCAUGACCUCCUAGGCAUCAGUAAAGAGCCCAGACUCAUACUUCCAUUGUAGAACCCAACAGCUACAAUGGCUCUUCAGGAAUAAACCAAAUCUGUUGGGAAGAGGAAUGAACAGCCUCAGAGGAACCUACUCAUCUUCCUAAACUAUCUAAGAGGAAUGUAGAGGCAUUAUAUGGCAAUGUGAGUGGGACCAUAUCUCACAGGAGGCAACUAUGACAGCUACGUAUCAGAUCUGGGGAGUCAUCUAAUAGUGUUAGACCACAGAUCUCAAUGGAAUGCUGUUGGCAUAAUUUUUGUGCUUGAGUACUACAGAAAUACAUGGAACCAUAGCCUCUGUCUUGCUUUCACACUUGUACCAACUAGAAUUUUUCUUCGGUGCGAUCACUUCAAUGUGUUUGCUGACUGCAGUCUAGAAUUUGUUAUGGAGUACCACCACAUUCAUGGAAGUGAGGAACUUGAGAUUCUGUAUGAGAGUUUUCUUCUUUAGAGCCUUCACUUGCUCUCAUCCUUGCUUUCACAAUCUACUGUUAAAUUCUCUUUACCUGUGUUGUAGUCUGUCAAUCGGGAAUAAAUUUCACUUAGGGCAUGCCCUUUAUAUGAUGUGUAAGUUGUCUUAGUGCCAUUAAAGCCAGCAGAAUCAUAGCCAAUAGAUGAUUCAGCCUUCAGACCACAUGAGAAUCUGUUCCAUGGAGCAUGGAGCUAGUUUGAGUCUUAAGCCUUCAAUAUUGGGCUCUACAAGGGAGAAAUGGCACAAAUUUGAAAAUGACACUUAGAUCCAUGAAGUAAAAUUCAUGAUGGCCCAGACAUGUUGGACCAGAAAAUCACCAAGGGGUGGAACUGUAGGAUUUAUAUCUCUACAAAGCUGAUAACUCCAAAGGACUAAAGGGAGAUUCUGCUUAAGCAGAAGUCAGCAGGACAAUAGUUAUUGUGGCACAUGAAAGGAAACUGUAGUGGUUGCUCCAGCCCUUAAAAUCAUUGAGCUUGAACCUGAAAAAACACUUUUCCCUUGCCGGUGUUCUGUAUGGCUUUGGUAUUGUGUCCUCAGAGAAGUUUAGUGACAUAAACAAAAAUUUCAUUUUUGUCAUCUUUGAUAUUCCAUUUGCUGUAUAGUGUUCUUUCUAAUGCUUUUUCUUUGUAUAAGAUUCGGCUACUCACCGUAAGUAUAUGCAGCAGAAUUAUUGGCAAAAUUGAGUAAUUUUUCCAUAUAUAAGGAUUUUCUUUUAAUUUCGCACUUACGCUUUCAUAGAGAACUCAUACUGAAAAGGGUUUUCUGUAUUUCUGAACUUCUUGGUAUGCACUGUAGAAUCAUAUCAUAGCACUUGUUUCUCCCUCUUACUGAAUCAGUUUCUUCUAAAUGUAUGUUAACUAGUCUAAUUGGAAUUGCUAAUAGCUGCUUCAUCAUUGCACUGCUCUGGGGCAGUGUUGGGCCAUGAAGAGUUCACCCAGCUCCAAACUUUCCUGUGAGCUUUCUUCCUCUUUUUUAAGCCAAAUCAUAAGAACAGUGAGAUUGCUGAGAUGUGACCGAGAAGAGACUUUGGUGUGCAGGAUUCUCAUUAAUGCCAGUAAUGUGUGAAAAGAUCACUAAGCUUCUGAUACCAGCUUUUGUGCUGCUGAUCAAGAACAAUUCUGCCUGUUUCUUACAGAAUCGUUAUGAGCCAUGACGGAAUCCGUGAGGAUAUUUUUAUAUAGUUUCUCUUCAGAGUAUCUUAAGAGUUCAAGGAGAGUCCUAACUCUCUGUUCUUAUGGGAGUAGGAAGGAUAGCUCACAUUCUUUCAAAAAUAAAUAUGUUGCAAGCUAACACAUAGUCAGCCUUUUUUGUCAGUCUGCCAGCUAUGCUACAGCACACAUCCAGCCAGUGCUCUGACAGUGCAAAUAGCCAUUCUUAUGCUGUUCCCUGAUUCAGUGUUUGCUGUGCUGUAACUUUGCAUUGAGAGUACACAAAAGCUGAAAAGAGCAUGAACAGCUAGAUAGUGGGAUUUUUCCUUGCUACUUUUCCAAAUUUUUGUACCCAAUUUUUUAGUUUUUGGUUUGGGUUGGGUUUUUUUAAUAAUAAUGCAAUACAUUCCUUAGAAACAAUUAAGCAGUUAUACUCCAAAGAGAGCCAUUAAAGAAAUAUUUGCAACAUGGUAAACUGUAGUGGACUUCCUAAGAAACAUAGUCUGGAAGAUGUCCAAAGCCUGUAUCCAUAUUCUCUGUUCUUUCUGAAUCUUUUGACAUGGCUUCAUUAAUGUCUUUUCUUCUUUAUUUUUUUUCUACCACACUGGAAGGACUUUGGACUGUCCCAGUCUGGCAGUGUGUAAAUUCCUAACCUAUGGAAAGCCUACCUACCUGUCAGAUUUCAGUACCAGUUCUCUUUCCCUUGCACCUGCCUGGACUUUCUCCAGAACACUAACAGUGUUUAAAAAUACUGUGGCACCACACAGGUAACGCUUUAGGUUUGAAUUUAAUACAAACUUUCCCUAUCAUCAUUUCAGCUAUCCAGUGUGAUAAUUUUUAAAAAGUUCAUUUUCUUAUUUGUGCAGCACCGGACACGUUUUGAAAUAAAACCCCCUAACGAUUUGUUGAUGGUGUUUUCAGUCUCAUCUUGCUUUUAUUGAUAACCUUUGGUCCACCACCACUGACAACAGUGACUCCUCAC